AUGACUGGAAAGAGAACUAAAGCUGUUGCAAGAAAGGCUUCUACUUUACAAGGAUCCAAAGAUCAUGCAGACAGCCAAAGCUCCGCGGAGGCCUCAAAUAAGUCCGGUGAAAAUACCAGGCCGAGUUCGAUUUCUGCUGAACCCAACGAAACUGUAUCCAAUAAAGAAUCUGAGAAUGGUGCUGAAUCAUGGGAUGGGAAGGACCUUUGGAAACCUCUAAAUUGUUUGGUGGAAGUCGCAAAUCGGACCAAGUCUCUAAAACCCAAUUCACAAGGGUCUGAAAGAGUAGAACCAGCUAUCAGUCCCG